AUGAGAAUCAUCAAAAGUAAAAAGCGAGGUAAGAACAAGAAACCAACCCUUUCUUUAAAAAUUCAUGUCAUUCAAGCGGAGAAUAUUGAAGCUUUAAAAGCCUUCAAUUGCAACCCGGUAUGCUUUGUCACUACCAAUACAUUCUACAGUCAGAAGACUACCAAGCUGAAGAACUCAAAUACACACUGGAAUCAAACUUUGAAGAUCAAGCUUCCGAGAAAUCCAACAUCGGAAUGGUUAAGAGUCAUAGUAUAUGACGCAUUGCCAACUGGCAACCCUCCCGCUACACUCAACAAAUCAAGAACAACUACUGCGAAUACUUCAACAGCCACGCUGUCGAAUUCCGCUCAAAAUUCUCACUCUCAGUCGUCCAGGAAUUUGAAUGCAACGUCCAAAGGUAAUCAAACAUCAUCAUCCGUCAAUUCAAUGUCAUCCACAGCUACAGCAACCACUUCGCAUUCUGCUUCCUCCCUUUCAACGCCAAGCUCUGGCUCGAUGCACAAAAAUAAGACAAAUAGCUAUCUGUAUCUUGGUGAAGCUAGAAUUUCGUUGCUGGAAAUGUUCAAAAGAAAGGACACCACAACGAGCUAUAAGUUUUCGAUCGAACCUCAAUGGUACCACCUAUACGAUAUGAAAAGGGGAAAAAAACAAAAUUGCUCGAACUCUGACUGCUUGGUGGGCGAUAUCUUGCUUGAAUUCAAGCUGGAAUGUAAUUUCAAGAAAAUGCCAACUUUUCAAGCUUUCAGUUGCUGGCGAAAUGAUUUGAAUAAUUAUCUGGGCAGCGUAGACAGAAAUAAGGCCCGCAUGAGAUCUUCCAGUUCCUUGCCGCCUCCGCUAGAAGACAUGCUGAAUAAUAGUUCAGGUGUUAGUGGAAUCGAGAUCCAACGCGAAAAACCUUAUAGUGAUACUGAAUUAGCACAGGAGGGAGACAUGGAGGAGGAAGAAGACAUUGAAGCUGAAAAUGAAACGUACGAUGAGGAAUAUAUUGACGAUGUCAAUAGUAGCGAUAGUAUGUCUACGGGAAGGAGAUAUGAUAUAGACAAUGAUACCGUGUAUGACUCUAUCUCCGAAGUUGUUUCGCUAAAUGACGAAGAACUAGAUAUUCUAAAUGAUUUCGAGGAUGCAGAUCAUUCCAGUGUGGUUGACAUGAAUGUGCGCGAUAUCGAUGAAGACGCACAUAUCAGUUUAUCUUCAAUGAUAACAGCUCUGGAUGAAUAUGAUGUCGUAGAACCAGAAGACGUUGUAGGAUUGCCUGCAAUGUCGGAAAAUGACAUAACAUCAGUAGACGAUGAAGAAUCUGAAAACCAGCGCGGAAGUGAUGAAGAGUUCGAUAUUUAUAAUGAGGAUGAAAAUGAGGAUUCAGAUUCUCAAUCAAAUGAAUACAUCGGAAGUCGACUUUUACAUUUGCAAAAAGGUAAACAUAAAAAAUCCUAUGCAAGUUACUUAUACAGAAGAGCGAAAAGUAAUUUCUUUAUUUCAAAAAGGGAGCAUGCCAUGGGGGUUGUAUUCAUGCAUAUAGAGGCGAUUAAAAAUUUACCCGCGUUAAGAAAUAGAUUGUCCAAGACUAAUUAUGAAAUGGAUCCAUUUAUUGUUAUUUCCUUCGGCAGGAGGGUGUUCAAAACAUCUUGGAGAAAACAUACAUUAAAUCCCGAAUUCAAUGAAUACGCCGCUUUCGAAGUAUUUCCCCACGAAACCAAUUUUGCUUUCAGUAUUAAGGUUGUUGAUAAGGACUCAUUUUCAUUUAAUGACGACGUCGCGAAAUGCGAGCUGGCUUGGUUUGAUAUGUUGCGGCAACAACAACAUGAAAAUGAAUGGAUACCUUAUGAAAUACCAUUGAAUCUUACUGUUGAACCAGCGUAUUCGCCUAAACAGCCGACCUUAUAUUCGCAUUUCAAAUAUGUUUCAUAUACGUCGCUUAAGAACAGCUUUUGGAAAGAAGCCGUAGACACAUCAGUUAAUUUAGAGAAACUUGAUAUUGUUCAAGUAAUGCUCUACCUCGAACGCCUUGGUUCAUUCACGAUGGCUAAUUCUUUUGAAUUGUUCCAGCAUUUCAAUAAAUCAGCUUGGGCGGGCGAAAGCAUUACUCGAUCACAACUGGUUGAGGGGUUACAAUUAUGGAGGAAAUCCACUAACUUUAGACGUAUUUGGACAUGCCCUAGGUGCUCACGCUCAUGCAAAUCAACUAGAAAUGCCAGGCGCUCCAAAUUGGUUUUGGAAAAUGACUUGAUAACGCAUUUCGCUAUAUGCACAUUCUCAAAGGAGCACAAAACUUUAAAGCCAUCAUACGUCUCAUCUGCAUUUGCCUCCAAGAGAUGGUUUUCGAGAGUUUUAAUAAAAUUAACCUACGGUAAGUACGCUUUGGGAUCUAAUAAUGCAAACAUCUUGGUUCAAGACCGUGAUACGGGGAUAAUUAUAGAGGAAAAAAUAAGCGCUCAUGUGAAGUUAGGAAUGAGGAUUAUAUACAACGGUAAAAGUCCAGAGUCCAAGAAGUUUAGAUCUUUAUUGAAGACUUUGUCAGUUAGGCAGGGGAAGAAAUUUGACAGCACUGCAUCUGCUAAACAAAUUGAACCCUUCAUAAAGUUUCACUCGUUAGACCUUUCUCAAUGCCGAGAUAACGAUUUCAAAACAUUCAAUGAAUUUUUCUACCGAAAAUUAAAACCAGGAAGCCGGUUACCUGAAAGCACCAACAAGGAAAUCUUUUUUUCACCGGCAGAUUCAAGGUGUACAGUGUUUUCAACUAUACAAGAAUCAAAGGAAAUAUGGAUAAAAGGUCGGAAGUUUUCUAUCAAGAAGCUAGCCAAUAAGUAUAAACCUGAAACAUUCAGCGACAGUAAGUGCAGUAUCGGCAUAUUUAGGCUCGCACCACAAGAUUAUCAUCGAUUUCAUUCACCAUGCAAUGGUAAAGUUGGUAAACCUAUAUACGUAGACGGUGAGUAUUAUACCGUUAACCCAAUGGCCGUUCGCAGCGAGUUAGAUGUCUUCGGUGAAAAUAUUAGGGUUAUCAUCCCUAUUGAUUCUCCGCAGUUUGGUAAACUAUUGUAUAUUCCCAUUGGCGCAAUGAUGGUUGGGUCGAUCCUAUUGACGUGCAAAGAAAACGACGCAGUUGAGAGUGGGCAGGAGCUAGGGUAUUUCAAAUUCGGCGGAUCCACUAUAGUAAUUGUGAUUCCGCAUAAAAACUUCAUGUUCGAUUCUGACCUUGUGAAGAACUCGUCAGAGUGUAUUGAAACACUAGUCAAAGUCGGGAUGAGUAUCGGACACACCUCGAAUGUCAACGAAUUGAAGAGAGUUCGUAUUAAAGUAGAAGAUCCAAAGAAAAUUGAACGGAUUAAAAGAACAAUUAGCGUAAGCGACGAAAACGCUAGAGAUGCAGGUAAUGCAUCAUGGGAAUAUCAUACGUUGCGGGAAAUGAUGAACAAAGGUUUUACGGAGCUUUGA